CAGCACAGGAUGUGGAGUUGUAGAAUUCAAAGAUAUAAUUACAGUAAACAACGUACUUAGUAAAACUCAUAUUUUGGAAAGCAACAAACUGUUUGUUAUAAAAAGUUCCAUUAAUCGAUACUCAGAGUAAGGUAAAAAAAACCUUCACAAUGUGUCUUGAAGAAACAUUCAAUAAAGCUGCAAGUUAUUUACAAACAUUGGCAUCAGAAUUAAAUACAAAUGAACUCCUUAGAUUCUAUGCUUUAUACAAGCAGGCUACAGUUGGACCUUGUAACGUUCCAAAGCCUACUUGGUAUCAAGUGCAAGCUAGACAAAAAUGGGAAGCAUGGAAAAAUCUUAAUGAUAUGAGUCAUGACGAUGCUAUGAAUAAUUAUAUACUAGAGUUAACCAACAUAAGUCCUACCUGGGAAGAAGAUGCAAAGUCUGAAACACAUGGUUGGGUUGCUAUUAGUCGUUUAAUAAACACAGAAGAAGAAAUAAAUGAUAUUGACAAAACCUUGUUGGAUUGGAUAAAAGAAGGUCAUGAAGAAAAAGUGCAAGAAUUGUUGGACAAAGAAGCAAAACUUGUAAAUGUAACAGAUACAGAAGGUUUAUUACCGAUACAUUGGGCUGCGGAUCGUGGUUAUGCAAAAAUCAUAGAACUCUUAAUUAAGAAAGGAGCAGAUGUAAAUUCACAAGAUGCAGAUGGACAAACCCCAUUACAUUAUGCAGCAUCGUGCGGGCAUAUCGAUGUUGUAAAAUAUUUACUUUCUAAUGGAGCUCUAUCUAUAAAAGAUAAUGAUGGUAUGAAACCCGAAAAUGUUGCUGAUGUUAGUACACUAACAUAUUUACUCAGUAUGUAAUAGUACUAGCUAAAUUUAUUUGUGUAUAUUAAUAAAUUGAAUUGACAAUUUUUUAAUGGAA